GGAAUUUCCAAUUUAAACUUUAGUUCUUUACUAAACUUGGACGUGUGCUGGUUGGGUUGGAUUAUUGUGGCGCAAUAGUGAAAAGUGUUAGAGAGUGUUAAAAGUUGUUUUUUUCAUUAAGAUCCUUGCUUUAAAUUAAAGAAAACAAUUUAAUCAAUCACACAAAACACAUUCAGAACCAUGGACACAAUGCAGCAGAAACCAAACGUAGCGGAAGCAAACAAACCAGAAACGACGGUCGAUAAUGCGAAAACUACUUUGAAACGUGAAGCCAGUUGGCCAUCGGUAUUAUUUUACAUACAUUUACAUAUACUUGGACUCUAUGGUAUAUUUGUAAUGUUCACAAGUGCUUCGUGGCUGACGAUUAUUUUCACUUUCACUUUAACAGUAUUGGGUAUUUUGGGCGCUACAGCUGGAGCCCACCGACUAUGGGCCCAUGGUACUUAUACCGCUUCAACCACAUUGAGAGUUUUCUUAAUGUUGUGCCAAACUAUAGCUGGCCAGGGUUCCAUUUAUAACUGGGUAAGAGCUCAUCGUUUGCACCAUGAAAAGUUCCGUAAGAAUGAAGACCCCUACUUCAGCAAUCGUGACUUUAUGUCGGCUCAUGUUUAUGCUCAACUUUUGAACUAUCACCCCGAGCAGGAGGCAUUAUUGGAAAAAGUGGACAUGAGUGAUUUGGAAAAAGAUGGUGUAGUAAUGUUUCAAAAAAGAUUCUAUUGGGUUUUAUACAUUAUCCUCCAUGUUUUAAUACCCAUUAAUUCCCCUCUCGAAUACUGGGGUGAUUCGUUGUCGGCCUCUAUUGUGGUGGCCUUUUCGUUGCGCUACAUGAUUGUUCUUAACCUCUGCUGGCUCAUUAAUUCCGCUCAUUUGGUUUGGGGUUUGGAUAAAACUUUCAAGCCCUCCGAUUCGAAUAGUGUUUUCUUUAUUACCAAAAGCUAUUGGCCCCAAUAUCACUAUAUGCUGCCCAAUGAUUAUCAAAGUGGUGAAUUUGGCAACUAUGCCACUGGCUGCAUUACCGCCAUGAUACGAGUAUUCGCUGCUUUGGAUAUGGCCAAGGAUUUGCGUACGAUAAGCUCCACUGCGGUGCGCAAUGGUUUGACGGAAGCUGUGGAAACGGGUCGCCCCAUUGUGGAUUGCAUUAAUGAGUUCGCUCGCAAAGAAGAGAAAGAAAUGCCCAAAAAUCAUUUCCUCAAUAGAGAAAAAUUCAUGUAAAUGCGGAGCGAAAAAUAACAUGAGUUGAGAAAAUAAUUGUAAAACAAAUUUAUACUUAAUUGUCUUAUAUAGUUUUCGGCUGAUUUAGUUAAAUAAAAUUAUUUUUGAAAAAAAAAAGUAAUAGAAAA